AUGGUGGGGCAAUGGUGGCAGCAGCAGGUCCGGCGGCCAGCACCUGUGGAAGAAUGCAGUGCACAGCCCCCUCCAGUGGACCAGCAGAUUCCACAGUCUCACCGUUGCGUGCUGCAGAGCCUGCAGACACAACUGGCAACCAGCAACUUCACUAUUGGCCCUUUGCCACUAUUCCUCCAGAUUUUAUUCACCACUGAGGAACGUGAGAGGAUCCAGAUGGAAGCCCAGAAAUCUGCCUUGGGGGAUAAUGGGCAGCCCACUACUAAUAUAGAUGUGAUUAAUGCCACCUUCCCCUUAACUCAUCCUAAUUGGGACUUCAACAUGGCUGAAGGAAAACUGUCUAAUAAAACCUCCUUGGUUCACGGGGCUACAGGAACAAAUCAAUAUUCAUGGACUACCCAAAGAACAGUGGAUCUCGGCAUGGGUCGGGUAUCCCACUCAUUCAUGGUAAUUCCAGAAUGCCCCUAUACACUUCUUGGGAGAGAUAUACUAACCAAAAUAGAAGCACAAAUCCACUUUCAAAAAGGAGGGGCGACCAUUAUGGACAGUUAGGGCCAACCUAUUCAGGUGUUCACUGUAAACCUAGAAGAUGAGUAUAGACUCCACCAGCAACCCCCUCCUCCGCUGUCUGAAGAUAUAAAACAGUGGUUAUUAGCUUUUGCUAAGGCAUGGGCUGAAACUGGAGGUGUAGGGUUAGCAAAACAUAGGCCACCAGUUUAUGUGGAAAUUAAACCUGGAGCAGACCUGGUCAGAGUCCGUCAGUACCCUAUGUCAUGAGAAGCCUGGGAAGGCAUAACCCCCCACAUCCAGCGCCUGUUAAAAUUAGGAAUACUCUGACUCUGUCAGUCUUCUUGGAGCACCCCUCUACUCCCUGUUCGAAAACCUCAUUCCAAUGAUUAUAGACAGGUACAAGACCUCCGAGAAGUCAAUAAACGGAUCAUAGACAUUCAUUCUACUGUUCCUAACCCAUACACCCUCCUUAGUUCUUUACCCCCAGAUCACCAGUGGUACUCAGUCUUGGACCUAAAAGAUGCUUUUUCUAGCUUACCGUUGGCCCCAAAGAGCCAGGACUUGUUUGCCUUUGAAUGGACAGACCCCAUGGAAGGCAAUAAUGGACAACUAACCUGAACGAGAUUAUCUCAAGGGUUCAAAAAUUCGCCUACAAUCUUCGACGAGGCUCUGCAUGACGACCUGGGUAAGUUCCGAUCCGACCACCCCGGUCUCAUGCUAUUACAAUAUGUAGAUGAUCUCCUAGUUGUUGCAGCAGACUAUGAGACCUGUCUCCAAGGAACCAGAGACUUACUCCGAACAUUAGGAGACAUGGGCUACAGAGCCUCAGCCAAAAAGGCUCAACUUUGCCAACCCGAGGUGAGCUAUUUGGGGUAUAUGCUAAAAGAAGGACAAAGGUGGGUGACCAGGGCCCACAAGGAGACUGAACUAAAAAUCCCUAGACCCAACACCCCACGUGGGGUGCGGGAGUUCCUAGGAUCAGCCGGCUACUGUAGACUCUGGAUACCAGGUUUUGCAGAACUGGCGAAGCCUCUCUAUGAAGCAACCAAGGAGGGGCAGAAAUUUCAGUAGACAGAAGCCAUGGAAAAAUCCUUUAAUUCAAUUAAGACUGCCCUUUUGUCUGCUCCUGCCCUUGGACUACCUGACGUAACAAAACCCUUCCAUCUAUACAUUGAUGAAAAUAAGGGGGUAGCGAAAGGAGUUAUAAUAUAACACCUGGGCCCCUGGAAAAGACCGGUAGCCUAUUUCUCAAAAAAAUUAGACCCAGUGGCGGCGGGGUGGCCCCCGUGCUUAUGCAUAAUAGCAGCAACAGCCGUGCUAGUCAAAGAUGCGGGGAAACUUACACUGGGACAGGAACUAUAUGUUACCACCCCACAUGCCAUAGAAGGAACUCUUAAGCAACCUCCUGAUCAAUGGCUUAGCAAUGCACAGCUCACCCACUACCAAGGACUGUUACUGAACCUAACUAAGAUUAUCUUCCAGUCACCUAUGGCACUGAACCUUGCCACCCUGUUACCGGAUCUGGAUUUAGGUGCUCUGCUCCAUGAUUGUGUCGACAUUCUGGCUCAGGCGCAUGGAACCCGAGCUGACCUACAAGACACACCUUUACCGGAUGCCGAGGUUACCUGGUAUACAGAUGGGAGCAGCUUUGUGCAUGAUGUGCAAAGGUAUGUGGGGGUGGCAGUGGUGACAGAAACUGCAAUAGUUUGGGCUAAACCAUUACCGGCUGGAACAUCGGCUCAACGAGCUGAACUCAUAGUAUUGACCAAAGCCUUAACUUUGGGAAAAGACAAAAAGUUAAAUAUUUAUACAGACAGUAGUUAUGCUUUUGCCAUGGCACAUAUUCAUGGGGAAAUUUAUCAGGAAAGGGGGCUACUAACCGUGGAAGGGAAGACAAUUAAAAAUAAAAAUGAGAUCCUAAAUCUACUAGCUACCUUAAGGCUCCCAAAGAAACUUGCCAUCAUUCAUUGUCUGGGACACCAGAAGACCACCUCCCGUGCCCAAGGCAACAAUUUGGCAGAACAAACUGCCCGAGAAAUUGCACUGUCUACCAACCUGGUAUUAACCUCCAACCUACCUGAUCCUGGGACCAUCCUUCCCGAAAAACUGGGAGAAGAAAUUUUUUUCAAAAUACAUCAGACCACCCAUUUAGGAACCAAAAAGAUGCAGGAAUUACUAAAACGGGCCAAUGUAAUAAUUAAAAAUGCUCAAUCUAAAAUUGAAAUAAUUGUUUCUGACUGUAAAGCCUGUCAAUUAACCAAUGUUACUAAAAACCCUCCAAAUCUAGGCUCCAGAUCAAGAGGCAGCACACCAGGGACUUGCUGGGAAGUGGACUACACGGAGGUAAAACCAGGGGAAUACAGAUAUAAAUAUUUGUUAGGCCUUAUAGAUACCUUUUCAGGGUGGGUGUAAGCCAAGAGAGAAACAGCCCAUGUUGUAGCCAAGAAACUACUAGAAGACAUCCUACUCAGGUAUGGUUUUCCUACUACAAUAGGGUCAGAUAAUGGACCAGCAUUUGUGUCUAAGGUAAUACAGGGUUUAGCAACUAUUGUUGGGGCUAAUUAGAAAUUACAUUGUACUUACAGACCCCAAAGUUCAGGCCAGGUAGGAAGAAUGAACAGAACUCUAAAAGAGAUCUUAACCAAAUUAACCAUAGAGACUGACGGAGACUGGGUGACUCUCCUCCCCUUCGUCCUAUUUCAAGUCCGUAACUCUUCUUAUAAAUUAGGAUUAACACCUUUUGAGAUUGUCUUUGGUAGACCUCCACCUAUUACUCCCAUAUUGCAGUCCGAUUUGUUACAUGAAAUUGAUAAUUAUGAGUUCAUUUAUUCUCUUCAAGACCUGCAACAAACCCAGCAAGACAUCUGGCCAAUCUUAAGGGCCCUCUACCAAACUAGUCCUCUUCCCGAACCUCACCAGUACCAGCCAGGUGAUUGGGUGUAUGUGCGGAGACAUCGACAAGAGACUCUACAACCUCGCUGGAAAGGACCCUACAUCGUGAUCCUGACCACACCCACCACCCUCAAAGUUGACAGAAUAACCUCCUGGAUUCAUCAUACUCACGUCCACAAAGCCGAUCCUGUCCCUGACCAGGACUCACCAUGGCACAUCUCCAAGGACCCCAACAAUCCGCUCAAACUAAAACUUCAGUGA